CUCGAUGCAAGAUGGCGGUAGUGUAUUUCGGUAACUAUAGUAACAAGUAGACGAGACUCGCACAAAAGAAAAGGAACAAACCUUACUCAUUUAUUUCGUUGAAAAUCGUUAAUCGGAAUCGCUUUAAAGAUGGAAACGUCUUCGAUACGGGAAAAAGUCGAGGAGUAUUUCACUUCGAUCAACUCGACCGCCAAUCGUUUGAUGGCAGACGUAGAAUCAAUAAAACAGCAGAAGGGAGAGAUUUGGGAUCAAAUGUCUUACAACGAACAAUCGGAAGCGUUGUGGAGGAGUUUGGUGCAGAAUGAAAUAGAGGAGAAGUACAAUCGACACCCGAAACAUGUUCCGGAGGUCGAUUAUUUCCCCGUUCUUCGCAUUCGUCCCGGGGAGAAGAUCGUCGUCGAUGAUGAAAGUGCUAAUUCCCGAUCGGGAAGACCGUUCGGAUGCUCUUGGAGAGAUGAACACUCAGCUCCUUUCAGUUGGGAAACACAGAGCCAACUUGACCUGCGUCUCUGUGGAUUUCAAAAGAAAAAUAAUCCUCCCGUUCCGCCGGACAAGCUCGCUACAAAAUCUCGUCUGCCCACUCCCGAUCCUUCGGGUCCUCGCACGCCCACCUCCGUUUCCACAAUGCGACCCAAAAAUGCACCUCCGCCGCCGCCAGUCGACUACACCUUGAUCAAACCAAGCAAGCAAGAAGGAAAAGAAACAAAGGAACAAAAAGAUUCCACAAAGGAUCCAUCUCCAACAGGAGAUAAAAAUACAAUUCCUAAGACCGGUUUUGAUUUUUUGGACAACUGGUAAUGAAAGAUGAUGAUACAUUAUUUGAAAGUUUUGUAGAAGUAAUAGUGAAGUUUUUUAUUUAUAUUUUAUUUUAAAAUAUAAAAAUUAUAAUUUAUAUAGAAUCCCUUUUAAUAUCAGGAAUAUUAAAAAUUAAUUUAUUUUAAACUAUACAUAAACACAAACAAAAGAUGCACCAAAAUGUACUUUCAGACAAGUGCUCACUUUCAAAAAAAAUAUUGCUAUUUGCUAAACUUAGCAGUAUUAUAAAGCUUUAACAAGCAAACAAUUUUAAAUUUUACAAUUUACGCAAAAUUGUUUCAUCGGCCAAGAGAUGGUGGCAAGUAGUAGCUUUACCACGCCAAGAAAUGCCUUUUGUUUUCUUUAUACUUUGCCACACUUCCGUGUAUGUAAAUAAAUUAUUCUAACAUUAAAAUAUUAUAAUUGCGUGCAUAGAAUAAUAUGCUAUUUUAAUGGUUUUUUUUGGACAUUUCAUAUUGUCGUAGCAGUGUAAACAUCGAUCGAGCAAGAGAUCUGUGAAUUUUCUAGAUGUCUGUGACCGUACUAUUUUGUAUUCUUUACAAGAAAGCAAUUUUAUAUUUAUAAUUUAUAUGGAAAAUAAAAUAAAAUUACAAAGAAAA